AUGCUCUCCUCUCUCCUGCGGGCUCGCGGCACGGUGCGGAAUGUUGCACGUCGGAUACGAUGGAACAGCACCCAGAUACCUGCCGCUACAGGUGCUAGCUCGUCUAGUGUGACGCCCUCCGAACCUCCUGUCAGCAUUCAGACCGAGCGCGAAUACUCGGAAGCAGUCAUCCACGGACGCAGCCUCUAUCCUCCCUACCAGCAUCCCAAGACCGACGGUGUACCCGUCGCGACACUGCACGUGCGCGGGCACCAACCUCGUCUGCUCGAGCUCUUCCUCCACUUCGCGGGACAUGCCGCCUCCGCGCUCGGCAUCCCAUGCUCGCGCCCAGCGAGCUUACCUACGCAGCGCUCGCUCUGGACCGUCCCCACGAGUCCGUUCAUUUACAAGAAGUCCCAGGAGAACUUUGAGCGGCGCGUGCACAAGCGCGCGAUCAAGAUGUGGGACGCGGACCCUGAGGUUGUCGACCGCUGGGUGAGGUAUAUCCAGCACCAUGCCAUGCCAGGUGUGGGUAUGCGGAUUACGCGCUGGGAGCGCAUGCCGGUGGGCGUUGGAAAGCUUAUGGACGCCGCGGCGAGUGCGCAGAUUCGGCCGAGUGCGAAGGUGCAGGCACUGGCGGACCAAAUUGUGCAGCAGGAGAUGAUUGCGGACAGGGCUGCGCAGACGGAGACACAGGUGGAGGCGCCGAAGGCGGAGAGCGUUCCCAAGCCAUCAACACCUCAAGAGACACAGAGCUCCCCCAAGUCAUAG